AUGCCAUUUACGAUGAAGAUCCAGCCGAUUGAUAUCGAUUCACCAGCCGUAGCUCGAGCUGAGUCAGGCAAACCGGUGCUUAAAUCUCGUCUCAAGCGUUUGUUUGAUCGUCCGUUCACAAGAAGCGCAACCACCGAGAAACCAUUCGCCGUCGUCGCCGGUGGUGAAGUAGUAGUUCAGUGCAACCGAGAUGGAAACGCCGUGACUGAGUUCGAGCCGAGUUCCGUUUGUUUAGCGAAGAUGGUUCAGAAUUUUAUAGAGGAAAACAAUGAGAAGCAAGCGAAAUGUGGACGCAACCGUUGCAAUUGCUUCAACGGAAACAACGAUAGUUCCUCCGACGAUGAAUUAGAUCUGUUCGGUGGUUUAACUGAUUCUAUCAACGGCGGAUCUCCUUGCGACGCUUCUGAUCAUCUCAAGAGCUUGAUCCCGUGCACCACCGUCGCCGAGAGGAACCUGUUAGCCGACGCGGCGAAGAUUGUAGAUAAGAACAAAUCCGUCAAGAGGAAAGACGAUAUGAGGAAGAUCGUCAACGAAGGACUCUUAUCUCUCAAUUACGAUUCAUCAAUCUGCAAAUCGAAAUGGGAAAAAUCUCCCUCAUUCCCAGCUGGUGAAUAUGAGUACAUAGAUGUGAUUGUUGGAGAAGAAAGGAUGCUAAUCGAUGUUGAUUUCCGAUCAGAGUUCGAUAUAGCGAGACAAACAAGUGGUUACAAGGCGUUACUUCAAUCUCUACCGUUCAUCUUCGUCGGAAAAUCCGAUCGGUUAAGCCAGAUCGUGUCGUUGAUAUCUGAGGCGGCGAGACAGAGCUUGAAGAAGAAAGGAAUGCAUUUGCCUCCGUGGAGGAAAGCUGAGUACAUGCGAUCUAAAUGGCUAUCUAAUUACAUUCGAGCCUCCGUCGUUGCCUCCGGAAACGUCGAAGAGCCGCCAGCUCCGGUGGCCGCGGCGGAGCCUGAGGUGGAUUGUGAAGAGCUUGAGCUGAUUUUCGAGGAGAAAUCUUUGUCUCCGGUGGUUAUUGAUUCUUCCUCCUCUCCUCUUCCGUCUGUUGUUGACGGAGAUAAUGACGUGGCAUUCCCGCCGGUGGAGAGAGAAGUGAAGGCCGUCGUCACCGGAUUGGCUUCUCUCUUUAAGGAUAAGUCCUAA